AGCAAAAUAUUAUUUACGAUUAUUUAAUGAAAUUUUAUUUCAAAACAAUUUUUUUUUGAUUCAAUAGUUUUUUGUUUUGUUUGUUUGAAUUGAUUGAGUAUUUUAUUAAUUUUGACCGAAAUGUCCGACAAUCCGAUGGCCAACGACGACAGUAUCGGUGUUUUUAAAGUUCCCACAAUUAUCGCGGCCACCGAUAAUAACAAUAAACACAUAAAUGCUGAUCAAAAUGCUGGCCAAUCGUCGGCAAAUGUGAAGUCGGCGGUUAACGACGACAACAGUUUGCAAGACACGAAUACYGUCGGUUCGUCCACACCUAAGACAGUAUUGCCCGAACCGAUGACCCGUUUGACGCCAGCCGAUGGCCACUAUUUUUUGGAUCAAAUGAAAAACGGUGUUAUUGUUGAGCACAAAGCGGUCGCAAAGUCGCGGCUUGUGUUUGGCCGAGCCGUCGACUGUGACAUUGUUUUAGCCCAUCCGUCGGUCUCCAGAUAUCAUGCCGUACUGUUGUGGUCACCGAUCAGCGAUGAUGACUACGAAUCGGGCAAAAACUGUGAAUCAUUUUGGUAUUUAGUGGACUGCGGGUCAACACACGGCACAACCAAUAAUAAGGCACCGGUACUGACCGGCAAACUGAUUAAACUGGUGCCCAAUAAUAAUGUCUUCAAAUUGGGUGCUUCCACACGACUGUUUACAUUGGGAUCAACUCGCGAUUGCAAUGACGAUGACGACAAUGACGACAGUGAUCUCAUUGAAGCAGAUAUUGAUGAUGACAGCAACGAUGGCAAAAAUGUUGUCAAAAAAGAGGAAUCUAAAGACACGGGAUGUAUGUGGGGUAUGAGCGACGACGCAGAAACUAAAGGCGACGUUACGGCUGAUAGUAAGGCAUUGCAGUCAGUUAUCGCUGCCAUGAAGUCAACGACCGGCGAUAAAGAUGGACAACAAACUACUAACUCUAACGCUUAUAUUGCAAACCCUUACAAAUGUAUACAACAAUGGUUUGAGAGGGAAGGCUAUGAUGUAGAGUACAAAUGUGACCAAAUUCACAAUAAAUUUCGCUGUACUAUUGAAUUGCCUAUCGAUGGCCAAUGGAUUCCCGUUGAGGGACAGCUAAUGACUAAAAAAAAGGAAUCAAUGAGCGAUGUAUGUCUGAAAGCGUGUCAACUACUGGACAAAGCAGAGCUACUGUUCCCGUGGCAGCAACAGGAGGCUCACCAACAGAGACGCAAACAGCUCGAAGAAGAUAAAGACGAUGAUUGUGAUAUGAUUGACGAAACCAUAAAGAUAUCUCACAAGAAGCUCAAGAAGCAACACUACAGCAGUGAUUGCGAUAAUAAUAAUGUCGAUAAUUAUGAAACGCUUAACAAAAAGUGGUCCGAUAUUAAUGAAGAGUUGCGACAAUUGAGAGUCAAAAUGGCUACCAUUGGGGCCAAAGCCAGUGAUAUUCAGGAAUUGAAAAAAGAGUCGGACGAUUCACUUGACAACUAUAUGGCGAUUAUUGGUCGCCAAAGAUACGGACUAACAAUGAGUGAUAAAAUUGAAAAGUCAAAGAUCCGAAUGAAGAUCAAUGUCUUGGAGAAAGAACAGCAAAAAUUAGAAAAAUUGAUUAAAUUAGCCAAACCUUUGUUAGUAGAGUUGCAGCCGGUUUCCAGUAGUACUGCAACAUCAUUGACGAAACCGAUGACAAUGGUUACCAGUGAUGACAACACUGGAGAUAUUAUAACUAUUGAUGAGAAAGCUAAGAAUUCAAGURAACCAAAUAGUCAUAAAGUAGAGGUAAAUAAUGAAACAAAACCAAUGACAACACAGGAAACAAAAGAGGAAGAAAUUAAACGAAAAGCCGACAAAAUUAUUAGUGAAAUGAAAAGUAUAGCAAAACCUAAAUCUAUGUCUAAAGAUAAACAGCGAUUAAAAGCCCAGAGUAUUGUCGAAGCAAUUGAAAAAGAGAAACGAUUAGAGAAGACUAAACCGACGGCGAAGACUGGUUUUGAUGAAGAUUUUGUUGAUUGGAUGCCACCUAUGGGUCAAUCGGGUGACGGAAAGACAUCGCUUAACGAUAAGUUUGGUUAUUAAUGACUUCACAAAAAGUUCACCAAAUUUUAAUAUUAUGUAUUAUAAAAAUUUUAAUAUUUUUCAUUUUUCU